GGGUUUGUUUCUCUCUUCAGCUCUGUCUUUCUUUAUGCGCGCUGGGGACACUUUGCCUGAAAGGUCAGCCUGGAGACACUCCCCGGUUGGAGGAUCAGACUCCGGGCAACGGCACCAUGAGAGGCUCCUGGGCUUUUUUGGGGGUCGCUUUGUUGGCGCUUCUGUGCAAGGCAACAGGUGGUACAAGACCUUCUAUUCUUGCAGCAAAGUCUACUCUGGUUGUGAAUAGCGGGCAAGAAUUAAAGCUGCUGUGUAGUGACCAUGGCCCUGUGACCUGGUAUUUUCAGAGUGCGGUCCCAUCAACAAAGCCAGUGAAUUCCAAAAAGAAGGAAUUUCACAUAAAUAAAACACAAGCAAGCCACACAGGAACAUAUACAUGCAUAAACAGAGAGAAUAUGAACAGCUCCAUUUAUGUUUUCGUUAAAGAUCCACAGGUUCUCUUCUUGCAUGAGCCUGUCACAUAUGCGACGGAAGACAGUGACGCUCUUGUUCAGUGUCUAGUGACAGAUCCAGAUGUUUCAAAUUUCACCUUGAAAAGCUGUGAUGACAAACCUCUGCCUCAACAUAUUGUGUUAGUUCCUGAUCUUCGGAAAGGAAUUACCAUAAAAAAUGUACAAAGAUCAUUUAGGGGUUGUUACCAAUGUGUGGCACAACAAAAUGGAGAGGAGAGAGUAUCAGACACCAUUCCUCUCAGUGUGAGGCCAGUUCACAAAUCCCUUCCAGUCAUCUCCUUAUCCAAAACCAACCAGCUUCUCAAAGAAGGUGAAAAAUUUGAAGUUAUGUGCACAAUCAAGGAUGUAGAUAGCACUCUGCAAGCUAAUUGGAUUUUUCAAGGCAGCGCGAAUGUUACAAGGAAAAGCAAGAAUAUUGGUGCUUUUGAAUAUGAACAAAAAUUAACGUUGAGCAUCCAUUCAGUUGGAGUUAAUGAUUCUGGAGCAUUCAUGUGCCGAGGAAGAAACCCUUUUGGAACAGCCAAUGCCACAAUAACCUUGAAAGUACUAGGUAGAGGAUAUGUCAAUUUAUCAACUUCAACAAACACAACAGUAAAUGUGAAUGAUGGAGAAAAUCUGGAUUUAAUAGUGGCAUAUGAGGCGUAUCCAAAACCAGCUGAAGAAAUAUGGAUGUACAUGAAUGAAACAUUGCUAAAUACAUCUGAUCAUUAUGUGAGAGUCACAAAUAUAGACAAAAACAGAUAUUCUAGUGAGCUUCACCUUACUCGACUGAAGGGAACAGAAGGAGGUGUUUACACAUUUUUUGUGUCCAAUUCAGAUGCCAACUCCUCUAUAGCAUUUAAUGUCUAUGUGAACACCAAGCCGGAAAUCGUUGCUUCAGACAGACUUAGCAAUGGCUUGCUUCGUUGCAUGGCUGCUGGGUAUCCGGCCCCUAAAAUAGACUGGUAUUUUUGCACAGCAGCUGAACAAAGAUGUUCAGAUUCACCAAACAUUUCACCCAUUGAUGUGAAGACCAAUUAUAAAGAUUCACCUUUCUCUCCCUUUGGGAAGAUAAUUGUUGAAAGCACUAUUAAUCCCAGCAUGUUCAAGAAUGGCACUGUUGCAUGUGAAGCAUCCAAUGACAUUGCCAGGAGCACAGCCUUUUUCAACUUUGCAAUUAAAGAACAAAUCAGUACCCACACCCUUUUCACGCCUUUGUUGAUUGGCUUUGGAAUAGCAGCAGGACUGAUGUGCAUUACAGUCAUAGUUCUGGUGUACAAAUAUAUCCAGAAACCUAAGUAUGAGGUUCAGUGGAAAGUAGUUGAUGAAAUAAAUGGAAACAACUAUGUUUACAUAGAUCCAACGCAGCUUCCUUACGAUGACAAAUGGGAGUUUCCAAGAAACCGGCUAAGUUUUGGCAAGACUCUUGGAGCUGGAGCUUUUGGGAAAGUCGUUGAAGCGACUGCCUAUGGUCUGUUUAAGCCUGAUGGAGCAAUGAGGGUAGCUGUAAAAAUGCUCAAACCCAGUGCCCAUUUCACCGAGAAGGAAGCCUUGAUGUCGGAACUGAAAGUCCUGAGUUACCUUGGCAACCAUAUUAACAUUGUGAAUCUGCUUGGAGCCUGUACUGUUGGAGGUCCUACUCUGGUCAUCACGGAAUACUGCUGCUAUGGUGACCUUUUGAAUUUUCUGAGAAGGAAACGUGACUCUUUUAUUUGCCCGAAGCAUGACGAAACAGCUGUUUACAAGAACCUUCUCUAUCAAAAAGAACACAUGUACGAUGCCACCAAUGAAUACAUGGACAUGAAACCAGGAGUUUCUCAGGUCAUCCAUGCUAAAGUCACUAAAAGAAGUCUGGGGAGGCCAGGGUCAUUUGCUAACCAGGAUGUCUCCAUUGCCAUCUUAGAAGAUGAUGAACUGGCUCUGGAUAUUGAAGACUUACUAAGUUUUUCUUAUCAAGUGGCAAAAGGCAUGAGCUUUCUUUCAGCUAAAAAUUGCAUUCAUAGAGACCUGGCAGCAAGAAACAUAUUACUUACUCAUGGUCGGAUAACAAAAAUUUGUGACUUUGGCCUUGCAAGAGAUAUCAGGAAUGACUCAAAUUAUGUGGUCAAAGGAAAUGCACGGCUUCCUGUGAAGUGGAUGGCACCUGAAAGUAUUUUUGAAUGCUUGUACACAUUUGAGAGUGAUGUCUGGUCUUAUGGAAUUCUGAUUUGGGAACUCUUUUCUUUAGGAAGCAGCCCCUAUCCUGGAAUGCCAGUGGAUUCCAAGUUCUAUAAAAGGAUUAAAGAAGGAUACAGAAUGUUUAGCCCAGAAUUUGCACCUGCUGAAAUGUAUGAGAUAAUGAAGAGCUGCUGGGAUGCUGACCCCAUAAAGAGGCCAACUUUUAAGCAGAUUGUACAACUGAUUGAACAGCAGAUUUCAGAUACCACAAACCAUAUUUACUCAAACGUUACAAGUGGCAUUUGCACUCAAGGAAAUGCUACCGAUCACUCUGCGAGAAUUAAUUCAGUGGGCAGCAGUGCUUCAUCUACUCAGCCCUUACUCACACAUGAAGAUGCUUGACUUGGCCAGCCUUGACGGAGAAUCUACUGUUGUUUUUGGAAUAACUACUGGUUGUUCGCAUUGCAUUCACUACUACACUGAGGGUAGUAAAUGUUGCAGAAAUAUUCUUGCUCUUUUUUCCUUUAUUUGAAAAUCACAUACUGCUAGAAACAAAAGUAGGUUACCCAUCACCGCUACAAUGUUGUUACACUGUUUGCUAGAAUCUGUGUGUAGUUGCUAUGUUAUAUGCAUUUGUAGUGUAGAACCAGACUUGGGAGUGGGAAAGAGCAUUUAAAUAUAUAUAUCAAGAGCUCUGAUUCUAGAAAAUAGGUGAAGAAAUGCAAAUAUCUAUGUCAAUUUCCAUUACUUCCCAAACUUUGAAACGUUAGAAAUGCAAGCAAAAAGUAAAAGUCAUCAUUCCAAACCCAAGAGCAGAAUGUACCAUUUGACUGGAAGGGAAGGGAAAGUCUCUGAAUGUAGCACUUCAGCUUGAGCAUCAGAGAUGGUUGGCCUACCUUCUGAGCAGGGUGGAGAGCCUGUGGCCCACCAGAUGUUGUUGAACUUGGGUUCCCAUCAUUGUGAGGGAUGAUGAGAGUUGGAGUCCAGUGGUGGGUCCCCUGUCCCUGUUUUAUGGGACUAGAGAGUGUGACACUUCUCACCCAGUCUGUCUCCCAGUUCAUAUUCCUGUAACUUCCAUUCUAGGCAAAAUAUAUGUUGGGGUGGGGAAGAGAGAAAGAGACAGAAGACAAUUUCCAUGCUUCAUUUUUGGAUGCAUAGGUUCACAUUCGUGUACCUGUAUUUUGAAACAUGUGAGUGGCUGCCCAGUGUAUUAUUUUUUUAUGCCAUCAUCUACUUUGGAAGGUCAGUCUAUGCAUCUAUUUCUCAUAGCAUGUGUCAGGAAGAAAAAAAAUCACUGCUGUGUGGUUAUUUCCAGGUUAAGAAAAUAAUUUUGUCCCCAUCAACUACUGUAGACCUGAGUGUAAUAAAAAGUAACAUCUAAUUAGCUUCUAUAUCUGGUGAAGACCUACGUCUAUUUGUAUUUCAAAACUGACAGUUGUAUGUUCCCUUUAUAGCUGUUGUAGUUUAAUGAGAGAAUAGACAAGGUGUUAAUGGUGUGAGCUAUGUACCUUCUAAAGAAAGGUGCUCAUUUUUCACAGUUAUUAUUAUUGUCAUUAUAAUUGUUUGUUAAACAAUCCAAAAGUUUUCGUACUCUUUCCAAAGUAUCUCCUGGUUGCAUUUUCGUACACAACUAUGAAAUCUUGCUGUAGAAGCCCACAUAACCACAUCCUGGGAAGGGCUUAUUCCUGUGUAACAUUGUGUAUGGCAGGGAUGGCAACAUUGAUAAGUAACUUGCUGGAUGUUUGUGGAUUUUCAUGUUAGAGCCAAAUAGUGUAUAGCAGACAGGUGGAUUUUAGAAUGGUGUAUCAAUGUUGCUACUGUGGUUUCAAAAGAUGUCCAUAGUGGCCCUGACCACAAAAGUUGCUUAAAAGUUCUAGACCCUUCGCCUUUCUAAAAUGACCUGUUUUCCAUAAUUCAGCAAAAAUCUAGAAAAAGGCACAUAGGUGAUAAACCAAUUUUGAAGUAUUUGUUUGUUUAUAGUGCACCAGCACUUCAGCACCCUGUUAUUUAUGCUUAAGCACCAGCCUCCAUUGUUGAGUUUACAUUGUUUUGUUAGAAGUAACUAUUUGCCCAAAAGCACACUGCUGGAUUCCUCAAGUUACACAGAAUACCACUAGCUUUUACUGUAUAUCUGAUCUAUACUUAUGUUUUGUUCCGUGUCCCUUGGGAUUAUAAUUACCGAUAUUUGUUAGCCAGUUUUCAAAGCAGACACUUGCACUGGAGUUAUUUACGCUGUUGCACCUUUUGAAAGUUUGUAAGUGGUGGGGGGAUGGCUCAAUUCAAGUUCCACAUAUACAGGGGCUUCCCAUUCUCUUCUGUGAAGGGAAAUACUCCAUAAAUGCAUCAGGCUUUCUCAUUGCAUAUGCAGGUCAUCUUCCUAUUCUGAGAAUGGGGAAGCCUCUGCAUGCCUAGGGUAUUGUGUGUGCAUAAAAUCCUGCACGUGGUCUGGAACGACUGGAUUGUGGUCAUUCUGUUGCACUGCUUUCACUUUCAGUACAUCAGUCCACGUGUAUACAAACACAUAGAUGGGGGAGCAGAAAUUGCACCAACUGGAACCACCCACAACCUCCCUGUAUUCAGCAGAAGUUGUGAUAAGGGUUCUGUGCACGUAGAGCUGUGUAUAUGUGUAUAUUCUGUACAUGCAGUUGGCAGCCUUACACAAUUAGGUUUCCAACUUUAUAAAACAGUGCCUGGAGCCACUUCACAUCUUCCACUGAACAUGUGGUAAGGAGCAGGCAUGAAGAGGUGACUGAUCCCCUUCCACAUGUUCAGUAUAUAUGUGUACUGAAGGUGAUGAGGACAGAGCUUGUAUCCUACAUCAGACUCCCACUUCUAAGGCUAUGAUUGAUCAUUUUUUUGAAAAAAAAGACCUUUUGACUUCCAUAGCUGUUGCAGACAAACUCAUAAUAAUUGUCCACACUGCGGUACUUCAUUGGCACUUAGAUGGAAGGUUUUUUCCCUCUAAUAUUCUCAGAAGUUAUAUUUUUAUAAUUUUGUUUUUUUGUUGAAAACUUAGUUUUGCAGCAGCUUGAUAUUUUCAGAUUUGUUUUAUUGUUUCAUGUAAAUGCUGAAAUGUAGCAAUAAUGUCUUCUCAACUCCUUUAGGUUCUUAAAAGAUAUUUUUAUAGAAAUAUAUAUAUAUAUGUAAAGCGGC